CGCAAAUGGCAACGGGCCUUUUGAUCGGGUUCCUCUCGGUCUCUCCUCGAACUGGGUAUGAAACCGACCCACCAUCCCUUGAUCUUGCCCAAAGCUGCGGCACCCGUAUCAUGGUUAUGGCGCCUAUUGCCCGUAUCAUGCACGCUCGGCCUACAUCCUGAAUUCUCCAUUGUUGCAUGUCAUCCAAUGCUUAUUGGAGCUGUGGCUGUGCCCUAGCUGUUCUACCACUGCUGUCCUUGGCCCUCUAGAGGCUGCCCGCACCACACUCUUACCUUGACCCCUCCAGACGGACAACGACAUUGCCCACCACGACGACAUGGCAAACGCUGGGGUCGAGUCUGGCGUUCAGAUUGAGAAUGGAUCUCUUCUAGCUGAAUCGAAUGAGAAGGUGGUGACUGUUGAUAACCCCGAGACCGACCAGUCCCCACCACGAGAGCCUUCUUCACAUGUCAAAGCUGCCUCCACUCUCCCAGAGAGCCCAAAGCCCGCAGAUCCAGAAGCCCGGACGAACACCCCUAAAGUCAAUGGUAAAACGAAACGGUCGGCGCCUCCCUCCAAUGGCGCGCCGAAGACAUACGCGGCCGUCGUCGCCGGAAAACCAGCCGAUGGAGCUGUCAUCGAGCACGACCACCAUACGUACCCCAAAUUGCCUACCCUCGAUGAGAUCAGGCGCGAACGGGAGGGCUGGCGGGCCGGAGGCAUUCAUUUUGCUCCCUUGCGCGUUCCCAUGAUCCGUCGAAUGCAGACAGGCGCCGUGCUCUUUCACUGCAUGUCCAUCGGUCUCUUCGUGUCCAUCUUUUGGUUGAUUUGUGCCAACCCUCUGACAUGGCCAAUCCUUGUGCCAUAUCUUAUACACCUUACCCUCUCCACCGCGGCAACUAACGGGAAGCUGUCUUAUCGAUCUGAGUAUAUGCGAAGCCUGCCGCUCUGGAAGCUCUUUGUCGGAUACUUUCCCAUGAAGCUGCACAAGACAUACGACCUUGACCCAAAGAGGAAGUACAUCUUUGGAUACCAUCCCCAUGGAAUCAUCUCCCAUGGUGCCUGGGCCGCCUUCGUCACGAACGCUCUUGGGUUCGCAGACCUGUUCCCGGGCAUCACCAACACUUUGCUUACACUCGACUCCAACUUCCGCCUCCCAUUCAAUCGAGACUGGAUUUUGCUCAUGGGGCUUCAAUCUGUGUCGAAAGAGUCCAUCUGGAAUAUUCUGAACAAGGGUGGCCCCAAGAAUGAUGGUCAGGGCCGUGCCGUCACCAUUGUCGUCGGAGGCGCUCGGGAGUCGCUCGAGGCUCAACCAGGGACUCUGCGACUGAUUCUCAAGGGCCGCAAAGGCUUCGUUAAGAUGGCGCUUCGCACUGGAGCAGACUUGGUGCCGGUCAUUGGUUUCGGAGAGAACGAUCUGUAUGACCAGCUGAGCCCCAAGACGCACCCUCUCGUGCACCAGCUGCAGAUGAUCUUCCUCAAGGUGUUCAAGUUCACCGUGCCCGCGCUCCAUGGUCGUGGCGUGAUGAACUACGACGUCGGCUUCAUGCCAUAUCGGCGACCAGUCAACAUCGUGGUUGGGAAGCCGAUCCAAGUGGACAGGGCGCAUGGACCGCAGCCAAAGCAACGGGAAAUUGAUUUGCUCCAUGAGAAAUACGUCCAGGAGAUCGAGAAGCUGUGGGCAACGUACAAGGACCAGUUUGCAGCUGGUGUUGAGUUGGAAAUAAUUUCCUAGUCUUUCUUCUCCUAUGUCGGAUGUAUACUAAACAAAAUGAACUUUUCUAUGUUGGUGACUGGGAAUGACAUUGUCAAUGGACUGGCUGGGUAGGAGGUGGGCAAGAGGUGGGCAGGAGGUUGGCAGGUAUAGGAGUUUUAUAUGUGCAUGGGCAUUUUGGUAGACUCAACCGUCUAGCUCUUCGUCCUCCGUGGAGAUGAUUCGAAACUAGAUGAUUGUGGGUAGGAUAAUAAUUACUGGAAUCAACACUGACGACUUCUUUGAGAUGAGCUUGAAGGUGACGACCAGCACUGUGUUGCGAUGUA